GCCGCGCUGCGUAACACCCUCUCUCCAAGUCCCAAAUGCACAUUCGAAACAUAUAAAAGCACUUUGCUGGCCGAAAACUUCAGUCGGUGUUCUAGUGAAUUUUGUGAUCAACUUAGGUUUAAAUUAGUAUACUUAUUUUAAAUUCAAAAUGAAUAUGCAAAUCGCCAUUGUAUCGGCUUUAUUCGCGGUAGUAGCCGCCGCUCCGCAAGAAUAUUAUUCAACUCCGAUCCCAAUCCUUAGUCAAAAACAAGAAAUCAGUCCAGAUGGAUCUUAUUACUACAGUUACCAAACUGGAAACGGUAUCGCUGUCGAUGAAAGAAGCCAAUACAGAGCUUUAGGACCGGAAGAAGGUACCCAAGAUGUUCAAGGUUACUACGCCUACACCGGACCUGACGGUGUCCAAUACGCUGUCUCUUACACCUCCGGCGAAAACGGUUUCAUCGCAUCUGGAGCCCAUUUACCAACCCCACCUCCCCUUCCAGCAGAACUCGCCAAAGCUUUCGCCGAAGCACCAAAAGAUGAUGGUCAAUAUGACGAAAGAGGUUUCCCAAUCGGACCAUCGGCCCGACCUUUCGGACGUCGUUAAGAAAUGGUCGCAUUUUUAUUAAUGUUGUCCAAGUACAAAAUUAAUUUCUAAGACUGCGUCCUUUUUUAUAUUCUUUUGUAAAAAAUCUGUUUUGUAUUCGUCUAAGGAUCUACUGCCUUAUUUGUGUGUGUGUUUUUACCAUCUUUUUUAUUUAUUUUUUGCCCCCUUUUUUUUCGUCCUUCUUCGAUGUAUUAAUUGAAUUUUCCUUCCUUUUUUUCUUCGCUUUCUUUUUGUAUAAUAAAUAUGUUUUUUAACUAAUUUUAA